CUUCCCCUCCCUUUGUGAAUUGUUUUUAUGCCUGAAGAAAAAGAGGCGUCAGAGUGGGAAAAUCGGGCAAAUUCUCGUUUUGUUGCAUAAUUCGACACUCUAACACGCAGUGGCAUGGCACAGAAGGUGUUGUCAUUCCUCAGGAGGAUCUCAGAGUCUGACAGCGGCAUGGCAGCGCCGUCAACAUCGAGAGACUCAGUUCCGGUGGCGAAGGAGGCGCUUCUGUGCGAUCUGGGCUAUCAGGAUACUAACGAUCUCAGAGACACGAUCUACGAUUUCCUGCGCACAAUCCGCGAUCCGGAGAAGCCACAAACACUGGAGGACUUGAAUGUGGUCUACGAGGAUGGGAUCUUCGUUCAGGAGCCCACAGAGAACAACGUUCAGGUGGUGCGGGUGGAGUUCAACCCCACUGUGCCUCACUGCUCCCUCGCCACGCUCAUCGGGCUGUGCAUUCGCGUGAAGAUCGAGCGGAGCAUUCAGCACAGGCUCAAGCUGGACAUCUUCAUCAAGAAGGGAGCGCACGCCACGGAGGAGGAGAUAAACAAACAAAUCAACGAUAAGGAACGAAUCGCGGCCGCGAUGGAGAACCCAAAUUUGCGCGAACUCGUGGAGAAAUGCAUCAGUGAAGAGGAAUAAUCUCAGUUUGUAGAGCA